GCAAAGCAUAGGGUAGGAAAAUCAUAGUACUAAAAGGACUAAGAUUUUCAAUUUUGAAAACAGCUCUGUAUCAGAAGAGACAUAAUGGUUGUGCAUGCAUCACAAAGAUGGGAUGUGAAAUGGGUUGCUGGAAAGGUUCUCAUUGCUUUGCUUCUUCUUGUUACAGUCUCGGCAACCUCAGAAUCCAAUGACACCACAAGGGUUGAUACCAGUUAUCAUGAUAAAGCAUUUUAUCAACAUACUUGGCCAAGCAUGAAAUAUGGGUGGAGAAUAAUAGUGGGCAGCAUAGUUGGAUUCCUAGGAUCAGCAUUUGGGAAUGUGGGAGGUGUUGGUGGGGGUGGCAUCUUUGUGCCAAUGCUUACCCUCAUUAUUGGAUUCGAUGCAAAAUCAGCAAUAGCAAUUUCAAAAUGCAUGAUUACUGGUGGAGCAACAGCAACUGUUUUCUACAAUUUGAGACAAAGACACCCCACCCUUGAUUUGCCCGUCAUUGACUAUGACUUGGCACUUCUUUUCCAACCAAUGUUAAUGCUUGGAAUCAGUAUUGGAGUUUCUUUCAAUGUCAUUUUUCCAGACUGGAUGCUAACAAUUUUGUUAAUAGUAUUUUUUGUAGGUAUUUCAGUUAAAUCCUUCUUUAAGGGUGUUGAUACAUGGAAAAAAGAAACCAUUAUAAAGAAGGAAGCAAGGAAGAAGUCACAGAUAGAUGAUAUAGGAAGUCCUGAAGAUGCUGCUGCACAGUAUAUUCAAACAGGAGAUCCAGCCAAAGACUGCACCAAUCAAUCAAGGAAAAAAAUUUCUAUCAUUGAGAAUAUUCAAUGGAAGGAACUUGGACUUCUUUUUGCGAUUUGGGUCAUGAUACUUGCAUUAGAGAUUGGAAAAAAUUACACACUAACUUGCUCAGUGGUAUAUUGGGUUUUGAAUCUACUGCAGGUCCCUAUAGCUGUAGGAAUGAGUUCAUAUGAGGCUGUGCGUCUAUACAAAGGGACGAGAAUCAUAGCAUCAAAGGGAGAUCAACAACCACAAUGGCAAGUGUUGCAGUUAAUUCUAUUAUGUGCUUGUGGCACACUUGCUGGCAUGAUUGCUGGUUUGUUAGGCCUUGGUGGAGGAUUCAUCUUGGCACCCCUUUUCCUUGGACUAGGAAUCCCUCCUCAGGUGGCAAGUGCUACAUCCAUUAUGGCAAUGGCAUUUUCUGCAUCCAUGGCAGUGGUGGAAUACUACCUUCUCAAACGUUUCCCUAUUACUUAUGCUCUUUACUUCGUAGCUGUAGCCACUGUUUCUGCACUUUUUGGGCAGCAUUUGGUGAGAAAGGUGAUUGCAUUACUGGGGAGAGCAUCUGUGAUAAUUUUCAUCCUAACCCUCACACUCGGUGUUAGUGCAGUAUUACUAGGUGGAGUAGGCAUUGCAAACAUAAUCAAAAGGAUUGAAAAUAAGGAAUACAUGGGGUUUGCAAACCUUUGCAAGUAUAGGGUUUAAAAAUAAAGUUCAUGAUGUGUGAUACGCCUUUUACUUAUAGUUUUGUGCUGUCUAGAUUUUUAUAAAGAACAUACCUUUUUUUUUAAAUUUCUCAAAAAGUAGUUUAUCAUGUAUGUAUAUAUUUUUU